ACAGUCGUGCACUUGUGAAACUGUGAGAUAUCUUCAACAGCCGAACUACUGAAGGAAAGCUGAGGGAGCUUCUGUCAGGACGUCAAGGGACACCUGUAGUGAUACAGUUGUGAGAAUAAGGGGGAACAUCAUGAGUGUGUCUCGGCUGGUGUUGCUGCUCGGGGUGCUUCUCUGCGUCGGGGCUCAGCUGUCCAGCGCCCAGCACUGGUCUCAUGGCUGGUACCCCGGAGGCAAGAGGGAGCUGGACUCCUUCAGCACGUCAGAGAUUUCAGAGGAGAUUAAGCUGUGUGAGGCCGGAGAAUGCAGCUACUUGAGACCCCAGAGGAGAAGCAUACUGAGAAACAUUAUUUUGGAUGCCUUAGCAAGAGAGCUCCAGAAGAGAAAGUGACAGACUUCCACUCUACACUGCUUUUCUACCUGUAAUGACCUUAUCCUUCUUCGCCGUCUUUGUCUUGACGUGAAAAAAAAAUUAUGUUGAUCCUCUGAUCUCGUAUUUAAGUUAUUUUCCAACAUUACAUGGAUAUCACCUGUGACGAACGUUGAAAUUGUAAUGUCCUAAAAUAAAGUAUUUAUUUUGAUAUGACCUUUUUUUGUGAAUAGUAAAUGGAACUUAGGUUGGUGAAGAAGUAGCAAAACAAUAUUAAAAUCCAUGAGGAGUGCGUUCAAUUUUGAUUUUUUUGGUUUAAGGUUCUUGGUAUUACAUGCUGGCUCAGUGUCUUGGUUUGCUGGUACACUGAGCAAGAAUGCACGGAAGGCAUAUUGACCACAAUCCAAGGAUAUUAGUUGUUUUAUUUACAUUUUUACUGUAGAUUUCUUUUUUAAAUAAUGUAUUUAUUUUUCUCAUUUAUCAAAUAUAUUUUGAUAAUUGUUCAUGUUUUAUCUCAGUCAUGUGUAUCCGAUACAUUAAAUCAA